CAGGCCACUUGUAUUUCUUCCGUCACAAGAGAUGGACAAAAAGUUCCGAAGUUCCCAUGAACCACUGCUUGAAACACCCGGCGCUGGGGCGCGCGCCUGUUGGGCUCUUCAUCCGGGACAGGCCCAUAGCUGCAGGUCUCCCCUGGCCCCUCCUCCCCGUAUGCUCCGCCGCUCAGUGAUCCCGUUACCCCCAUGAUGCUAAAACCUCUUAAUCCAGCCUCGACUUGCUGCUGACCUCGAUGACAGGCAGCUGGGACGAUGGAUGCUAGAUGCAGGUGGCCAUCACUUCCCCUCUGCCUUGCUUCCUCGGCUGUGAAAUGGGCUAAUACUAUCUACCUCAGCCCGCCCGCACAGAGUGGGAACUUUGGCCUUUUCCUUCCCUCUCAUCUCCAGCUACCUCGUGGGUGUCUCACGCUGGGGUGUCAGCUCGCAAACUGAGCAUGCCCAAAGCCCAUCCCCGCCCCCCACGCCAAGAACUUUUCCUGGGGAGGUCCCACCUUAUUCCAGACGCUUCGGUUCCCCUCAUCCCAGACAGCGAACCAAUCCCCAAAUUUCACCUUUAUUAUUAUUAUUUUGCCUCCACCACAUUUCCUAUUCAUGUCCCCUUCUCUCCUGCUCCGGCCCCGAGCUCCCUGCCUGACCACCCUGCUUUCGGUCACCCUGCGCCCCAAAUCGUUCUCCACCCCACCGCCAAAGGGCAAUCUGACCCGGCAGUCCCCUUCUCGGCGUCAGGGUCUCUCGGCCGCUUCUAGGAUCAGAUCCCCCCCCUUUGGGGGCGGGGGGGGGGCAGCUGCUGCCCGCCAACCUUCUAAGCGUCUCCACGCACCCUGCGCUCGCCUCGAGCCGUCACGCUGCCCAACACUUCUGGUUCUCCAUUUCCCACCUCCACGCCUUUGUCCUGGGGGGAAGGCUCCUUAUCCUGAUGUCCGGGCUGCUCGGGCAACUCCCGCCGACUUCCCUGGCUCUCUUUUGCCUUCAAUCUGAAUCUGCCUCUGUGGGGACCAGCGGUUUCUCUCCAGCGGAGAUUCAAUAGAGCCCUGCAGCCCGGGUUCCUCUUUCAGAGCGCGGGGCGACCUGGCCCCUUUAAGGGGGCGCGGCCAUAUGCCUCUUGGGGCAGGGCUUUUAUGUGCGCGCUGCCGUCGUGACCAUGGUUACGGCGUGACUGGGACGCAGGGGGCGGGAUCCUAUCCCCGCGGCGCCAGCUCCUCUGACGCCCGGCUCCAGCCUGGCCCCGCCCUGCAGAGGAGCCACCUGCCCGAAAGGGCGGGGCAGGGGGCGGGGCCCCAUCAUGCCCCUGGUCCCCCGGUCCCUGUGGGGGCUGGUGGAGCAGCACGUGCAGCCCCCUGAGCGGGCAGAGGUGAAGAGGAUCCUAGGUGAAGCCGCAGUGGACCUGAGCCUGGAGUUGCGGUCAGAGGUGGAAAUCCUGGAGGCCCUCCUGGAGGAGGAGUGCCAGGCGGCCUGUGGUGCUGGCCCCUCCUCCCACUCUGCCCCCUUCUCAUUCCUGACACCACCCCCGCGGGUACGGGACUUGGUGCGGAGAGAACUGAGGCUGUUGUUGAACGGGCUUCAACACAAGGCGGAGCUGGAGGGCAGGGACACGGCCAAGGCGUGGGUUCACUACAGCCCCAGAGUACUUCGCUUUGCCCUUGGAGAUCCCAGGAACGGUCUGGAGGAGGAGCUGGAGGCCAGGCUGCCGGGAACCGGGGCGCUCAGAAGCAGCAGCCAGGACCUCAGUGCAAUCAAGGAUUGCCUCAACGUGGCCAACAUUGACCAGGUCAUCCAGCAUCUCCGGACCCUCCUGAAGGAGGAGUGCUGUGCUCUGGAGAGAAAGAUCAAAGCCCUGCAGCGCUGCCUGGAGAAUGUGCACAACUCAGUGGCAGAAUCCUCUCUGAUGCUGGAGCCCACCCUGGCAGAACUCAAAGAGCAAAAGAAAGCCAUGGAACAGGAGCUCCAGGGGCCCCCAACACCCGUGGGCCCUUGUCACAGCUGGCAAGGGAGCAAGAGCCAAGAUGCUGGCUGGCAAAAGCUGGGCAGGCAGAGGAUGCUCUUGGGCAGGAGCCAGGACCUGCCCUUUUCCGGGCAGCAGCCCCAGGAGUCCCGGAGUUGUGGCCUGCUGCCAGCCCUUUCCCCCGCUGCCCGUUCCCCUAAGCCUCCCUGGCCACGGGCCUCAGGCACCUACUACUACCAGAGCCGCUGGGGCCGCCGCCUUCAGGCCCGUUCCCACGAAGGGCCACUGACCAGCGGGGGGCCUCAUGCAGGGACCCCGUCCUGAUGGCCGCGGCCUGGGAGCCGGGAGCCUUGCCGGGGAAUAAAGGCUCAAGCGAGA